CUCCUCAUUUUUCAUGCUUACACAUUUAAUUUAUACAAAAUAUAAGUGUUUGGAAUUGUGACAUAAAAUUUUACAAUAUGGCCUCUCAUUAUAUUCAUCAUGAUGAUCAUACUACAAGUACUAAUUUUUCUUCUUCAUAUUCAACUCCAAAACUUUCUUUAUCUAAACUUCCAAACAAACCAAUUAGAAACACCAACAAUGAUGUAGUAGCUACAUAUGCAACUCCACCACUUCAUCCAACACUUACAAUUCCAUUUCAAUGGGAAGAAGCACCAGGAAAACCUAAAGUUACAAAGUCCAAAACAGCAAGGUGUCUAGACUUACCACCAAGGUUAACAUUGUUGUUGAAUGAAGGUGGUAAAAUUACUAAUACGCCCUCCCCAACGACCGUGAUGGACGGUCCUUAUAGCGUGGGGAGGUGUUUUUCUUCGAUUGAUGAAGAGAUUGUGAGUAGUAAUAAUAAAGAGAAUAUUAUGAUGGGAUCAUGGAGAUGGGAAAACAUGAAGGAGAAUGAUAAUAAUAGAGGAGUUGUUGAUAAGGGUAAUUUCGACUUUUCCGGUUCUCUUAAUCGUAGUACUAAUUCAAGUGUAAGGCUUACAAGGAAAGGAAGCUUCUUCAAUUUCUCUCGUAACUUGGGAGGAAUUUACGAAGGCUUUAAGCAAGUAGUUCCAAGGAGAUGGAGACGACCAAAAAACAAAAGAGCUAUAUGAGCUAUAUAUAUAUAUUAUAUGAAUAUAAGGAAAAAAUUUAUCCUAUAAUUAUUCUCACUUUUAAUUAGAAAAUGGAUUAAUUAUAAAUUGAGUCAAUUAUCUAUAAUGACUUUAUUAUUAUGUACUUGGUUAAUUAUAAUUAGUUAAUGGAAUUAUAGUUAUCUGUAUUUAGGUGCAAUGUACUUGGAACUUAAUUUAUGUAAAUAUAGGUUGUAUACGCCAUGUGAACUUAUCUACUAUUUCUACAGAACACUCACGCAAUGAAUUAAACAUAAUAUAUACAUGCACUGUAUAAACUUUGAUAA